CCUCCGUGUGGCUCAGUAAAAUGGCUGUAUGUAGCGGAGCCUCGUGUUGGUUGGGUUUGCUCCCUGCUUCUACCCGGACUCAGUAACACAACUCCCACAACAAUUUCUGUCGCUUUUUUACGCAUUGUAUGGAGCGUCCAUCAUAUUUCUUACCCAUUUACGGAACCGGAACCGGGAUGGCAGCCGGAUUCGGUCCGGUAUAAGGGGUGGGAAUGAAUCGGCACAAGGAUACAUGGUUAUAAACAAUUAUUUAUAUUCAAUGCUAGCUUUUGAUUGUGACUGACUCGCCGAGAGAGGGAGAUAGAGGUGGUGAGGUGGUGGGGUGGGGGGGGGUAUAUCAUGGCCGCUCAGGUCGCCACUCUUAACACUAGCCCGCCUUCCGAACUCAAAAAACCCGAUCGAGACCCCAAGGAGGAGUCGGUACCGGGGGACAAGCAGUCAGACAAAAAGCAGCCGGGCUUGGACAGCGGAUCGCCGGGCCGGGGGGAUCUGCAGGACGGGGCCGACGGUGGAAAUGCAGGGGGAGGAGGGGAACCUGAGAUGAAGAACGGGAAUGGGAACCCGCCCAGGGCUAACAAUAAUAACCAGAAUGACUCCGUCGGACCGGAGGGGAAUAACCAUCCCGGUUUGGUGCAUCACCACGGCACCGCGUUUCCUCCCUCUUCCUACGGAUACAGUCAGCACUACAGUCGGGCCCCUUUUCAUCAACAUGGCGGACAACAAAGCCCUGGCAUGGCAGUUGCUGGUCCGGUCGUGCAGUCGAGCAAUAUGAUGGACCCGUAUCAACCCAAUUCCCACGAGCAUGGCUUUUCAAACCACCAGUUUAACAGCUACAACCCGUUCCCGAACAGGACGCCCUACCCCGGCCAAGCAUACGCCGUGAACUCUCCUCGCAGCAGCCAGGCGCCGACAGCUGGGGGGCAGCCAGCUAACGUGAAGCAGCAGCCGCCGCCACCAGCGGGAGGACCCGCGGCGAUGGCCGGCUCUUACAGUAACCAGAGAUAUAACAUUGGGAACCCUCAGCCUACAUCCACGCCGACACUCAAUAAGCUCCUGACCUCCCCUAGCUCGACGCGUGGAUAUCCGAACUACCCGUCUAAUGACUACAGCAGCCAGGACGGCGCGAGUAAGGGACCAGCAGACAUGGGCAGCAGCGGGCUGUACGGGGGGAGCAACCCGGGCUGGCAACAAAGAAGCCAUCACCCGUCGCCUUUGAGUCCGGGAAGUGCCGGGCAGCCGCUAGUUAGAAACCAGCCACCUGGUCCUAUGGACCCAAUGGGAAAAAUGAGAGGUCAACCAUACGGAGCAGGCAGUCCAUACAGUCAGCAGUCGCAGCAGGGGCCUCCCACGGCUCCACAACAGGGGCCCGGUUACCCUGGCCAGGGUUAUGGCCCUGCGGGUCCUCAGCGAUUCCCAGUGGGAAUGCAAGGACGGUCCCCUGGCGGCAUGAGUAGCAUGCCGUAUGGUCCACAGAUGGGAUCUUAUGGACAGCAGGGACCAGGAGGCUAUGUAUCUCAGGGCCAGGCACCAUAUUACAGCCAGCCUGGCCAGACUCCCCACCCAAGCCAGCAGCAAACUCCCUACUCCCAGCCCCCACCAGGACAACCGGGGGGCCAGACACCGUACCCAGGGCAAACACACCCUCCGCCGACUUCUGCUCCGCACACCCAGGGAGGACAACCCUAUCAGCAGCCCCAUAUGCCCCCGCAGUCUCAGGGGCCACUGCCAGGCCCAUCCCAAGGGUCGCCACAGUCUCAGCCCCCUUACUCCCAAGCCCCAGCCCCGCAAUCUGGCCAGUCUCUCUACGCCCAGCAGCAGGGUCCUCCCAGUCAGGCUCCGCAGCAGCCAAGUUCCCAGGAACCCCCCGGAUCACAGGUCCAGUCCAACUACCCAGGAUCCACACAGGGGCCUCAGCAGCCCCCCCCACAGCAACAGCAGACACAGUCUCAGCCUCCACAGCAGCCACCGGGACACAGCCAACACCCACAAGGCCAGCCUGCAGCAUACUCUCAGCAGCAGCAGCAGCAGCAGCAAGCACAACAGUCACCUUAUCAGCGCUUUCCUCCUCCACAACAGCAGGAGGUAUCCCAGGACUCAUUUCAGUCAAACGCCCCUCCAUCCACUCAGCCUAAGUCUGGCCCAGAGGACAGUCAAGGCCGCCCCUCCAGCCUUCCGGACCUGUCAGGCUCCAUUGAUGACCUGCCCACGGGCACAGAGGGCGCCCUGAGUCCUGGUGUGAGCACGUCAGGUGUGUCGAGCAGCCAGGGGGAGCAGAGUAACCAGGCUCAGUCACCCUUCUCUCCCCACACGUCUCCCCACCUGCCAGGCAUCCGAGGGCCCUCGCCGUCACCAGCUGGCUCUCCUGCCGGCGCCAGCACACCCCGCACGGGACCACUGUCGCCCGCCAACAUGCCAGUGACCCAGAUGCCUCCGAGGCCAUCAAGUGUGCAGUCAGAUGGGAGUCUACACCCGGCAAUGAGUCAGUCUCCUAUGGCCCAGGACAGAGGGUUCAUGCAGAGAAACCCACAGAUGCCCCCAUAUGGCUCCCCCCAGUCAGCCUCAGCACUAUCGCCGCGCCAGUCCUCGGGGGGACAGAUGCAUCCUGCGAUGGGUCCGUAUCAGCAGAACAACUCAAUGGGUGGCUAUGGACAACAGGGAGGACAAUAUGGCCCCCAAGGUUAUCCCCGGCAACCUGGCUAUGGCAACAUGCCCAACGCAAACUACACUGGGCCCGGCAUAGGCCCAAUAAACUCCAUGGGAGGACAGGGUGGGGGACCACCAUAUGCUGGCAUUCCCCCAGGAAGGAUGCCUCCUAAUCAAAUGGGAGCACGCCCCUAUGGCCCCAAUAUGGGUCCAAAUAUGGGCCCCAACAUGGCUCCGAACAUGACUCCGAACAUGGGUACCAUGCCACCCCAGUUAGGUUCAGGAAUGGGUCCUCCUCCGGGCAUGAACAGAAAGCCCCAGGACCCCAUUGUCAUGCAGCACCCUGCUGCCAACUCCAUGCACAGGAUGCCUGGUUUCCCCAACAUGUCUCCAGGCAUGAUGGGCGCCGGCCCACCCUAUGGCCCCCCCAUGAACAACAUGCCUGGAAUGAUGAACGCUCAAGGUGGAUCACCUUAUCCUAUGGGUCCAAACAUGGCCAAUAACUCAAGUGGUAUGGCCCCCAGUCCAGAGGUGAACAAUAAGAUGAGUAACAAAGUAGAUGGGAGUGGAACGCCGAAGCCAGAGCCCAAAUCGAAGAAGUCCAACUCUUCCACCACAACCAAUGAAAAGAUAACACGUUUGUAUGAGUUGGGACCAGAGCCGGAAAGGAAGAUGUGGGUGGACCGAUAUUUGUCCUUUAUUGAAGAGAAAGCUUUGGGCUUGACCAACCUGCCCGCUGUAGGGCGCAAACCCCUCGAUCUUUUCCGGCUCUAUAUGUCAGUCAAAGAGAUCGGAAGCAUGGCGCAGGUGAGUAAAAAUAAGAAAUGGCGUGAUCUGGCCACUUCCCUGAAUGUGGGUACAUCCAGCAGUGCUGCCAGUUCUUUGAAGAAACAGUACAUCCAGUGUCUCUACGCCUUUGAGUGCAAAAUUGAGCGCGGUGAGGACCCUCCUCCUGAGAUUUUUACGGACAACAAAAAGAACCAAGCUGCCAAGGUCCAGCCGCCCUCUCCAGCGUCCCUCUGCUCCACAGCCGGGUCAGGCUCUCUGCAGGGUCCUCAGACACCCCAGUCCACCAGCAGCUCCAUGGCCGAGGGGGGGGACCUAAAACCUCCCACCCCAGCCUCCACUCCUCAUACCCAGAUGCCCCCCAUGCCACCCGGGUCCAGGAGCAGCGUUAACCUGCAGGACCCCUUCUCUGAAGGAAGUGACCCUGCGUUCCCUCGGAAGAACAUGACGCCUAACUCGGCCUACCAGCCAGGCAUGAACACGCCAGACAUGCAAGGGCGCAUGGGCACCUACGAACCCAACAAGGAUCCCUUUGGUAACAUGCGGAAAGUCGGGGAGCACUUUCUACCUGCUAACCAAGGCCCUAACAGCGGGGCGGGUGAGCAGCAACCACCACCACAGCAGCAGCAGCCGCCACAGCAGCAGCCUCCAUUCAACAGAGGACCGCCUGGGCCCAUGGGCACGAUGCCAAUGGGGCCUAGACAGCAGUUUCCCUAUGUCCCAGGCUACGAAAGGAGAUCGGAGCAAGGAGUGGGCCCAGAGGGCAACAUGGGAGCCGGUGCCCCUCAGCCAAACCCGAUGAUACCUGCCAACGCCGACGCUGGGAUGUAUUCGCCAAAUCGCUUCCCGACACAGCAGCCACGGCAUGAUUCCUAUGGUAAUCAGUAUUCUGGACAGGGAACGCCCCCUACAGGCUCCUAUCCAAAUCAGCAGCCUGGAAUGUACCCACAACAACAACAACAGAGUUACAAGCGUCCUGUGGAAGGAGGUUAUCCUCCAUCAAAACGUCAUGAGACUGAGUACAGUGGGCCCUUCCAUGGUGGACAACCACCACCACCACCACCACCACCGCAGCAGCAACAACAACAGCAGCAGCAGCAACAAGGAGGUGCCCCGGCACCCUCUUCAGGACAGCAGGAGCCAUACAAUCAGUACAGCGGCAGUGGGCCCUUCCCUGGCUCUGAUCGCCGUCCACCUGGCCCAGGCAAUCAGUUUCCUUUUCCUUUCGGUCGUGAACGUAUGCCGGUACCGACGGGGCCCAACGCUCAGCCCAACAUGCCCCCUCAGAUGAUGCAGUCAGGCCCCGAGGGUCCUCAGGGAGGUAUGUGGCAGGGGCCGCGAGACAUGAACUAUCAGAACUACCCUAACCGGCCGGGUGGCCCCGGGGGCCCACCCCAAGGACCUGGUUACCCGGGCAUGAACCGCUCAGAGGAGAUGAUGUCGUCAGAACAGCGCAUGAAUCACGAUGGUCAGUGGGGGGGUCAGAUGGGCCCGCGGCAGCCUCCUUAUGGUCCAGCUGGGCCUGGGCAACCUAUGCCUCGUGCAGUACAGUCCACCUACCAGUCCCUUCAGGGUGUGCAGAACCACAUUCCACAGGUGCCCAGCCCGGCCUCCAUGCCCCGCCCCAUGGAUAGCAGAACAUCACCUAACAAAUCUCCCUAUAUGCACGGAGUAAUGAAGAUGCAGAAGGCCGGCCCUCCAGUUCCUGCCUCUCACAUAGUGCCCUCUCCGAUGCAGUCGCCUCUAAUAAGGCGAGACAUGCCUUUUCCCCCAGGCUCGAUAGAAGCGUCCCAUCCUGUCCUGAAACCACGCCGGAAACUCACCGUGAAAGAGAUCGGAACCCCGGAGGCCUGGAGAGUCAUGAUGUCAUUAAAGUCGGGUUUAUUGGCUGAGAGUACGUGGGCCUUAGAUACCAUCAAUAUCCUCCUGUAUGAUGACAACAGUAUUUCCACCUUUGAGCUCAACACGUUGCCUGGCCUACUGGAGUUGGUGGUUGAGUAUUUCAGACGCUGCCUCAUUGAAAUCUUUGGCAUUCUGCGGGAGUAUGAGGUGGGAGACCCUGGCCAGAGGACACUGCUGGAUCCCGAUGCCUUGAAACGAGACUUGGACAGCACGGAGGAAGAGAAACUGCGGGCCGAAGACAUGGAACAAGAGGAAGGAGAUGACGACGAAGAAGAGGAGGAACAAGAAACGGAGGGGCCAGCUCGUAUAAAAGAGGAGGAAGAGCAAGCGCAGUGCUCAAAGUCUCGGGGUCAAGAUGAGAAGACGGAAGAUGAGGAGAGGAAGAGCAAGGGUUCUUCCUCUGAGCAGACGGGCUCAUUGCAAUCCUUAUCUGCCCACAAGAGACCCAAACAGGCCAGCAAGUUUGACAAGUUCCCCCUCAAAGUGAUACGAAAGAAAGACCCAUUUACGAAUGGCCAGUCCAAUAAUCAUGGCAAAAUGCAAGAGUUCGACAGCGGGUUACUUCAUUGGAGCGCUGGAGGGGGAGACUCAACAGACCACAUCCAGACCCACUUUGAACCACGCAAAGACUUCGUGGAACCCCGAGAACGGAUAUGUGUGCCCGCAAGUCUGCUAAAGCGGCGAGUCCCAGAAGAAGUGUUUCUGGAAAAUGGUUUGCCAACUGAGGGAGAGAAAAAGAAGAAUCAAGAUGAAGAAGAGACAUCUCCCUCAGAGAAGGCCAGCGCCUCCCUCAGCAGUGAGGAGGAGAGGAAAACGGAUUCCGAGACGAAGACGGUUGAUCAAGUUGAUGACGGCCACCAGGAGAGUAACAGACCCAUUCCUUCCCCCGACAGUCUUUUUACCCAGCGGGCACAGCAGACUGGCGUCAUCCUGGAGGAUGAGCCUCACAGCAAAGACGAAGGGCCGCUCAUUGCACUGGCUAACUGGCAGGAUUCUUUAGCCCGCCGCUGUGUUUGUAUCUCCAAUAUUGUCCGUAGCCUCUCCUUUGUGCCAGGCAAUGACCACGAGAUGUCCAAACAUCCAGGGCUGCUGCUGCUGCUGGGACGCCUGAUCCUGCUCCACCACAGGCACCCUGAGCGCAAACAAGCGCCACUCACCUACGAGAAAGAUGAGGAUUCAGAAGAGGGAAUGGGCCAAAUGGAUGAAUGGUGGUGGGACUGCUUGGAGCUCCUGAGGGAGAACACACUGGUUACUUUGGCGAACAUCUCGGGCCAAUUGGACCUCUCCAUCUACCCCGAGAGCAUCUGCCUGCCUCUUUUGGAUGGUCUUCUCCACUGGGCUGUCUGCCCAUCAGCAGAGGCCCAGGACCCCUUCCCCACCGUAGGCCCCCACAGUGCUUUGUCACCUCAGAGACUGGUCCUGGAGACACUAAGCAAACUAAGCAUCCAAGACAACAAUGUGGACCUCAUCUUGGCCACUCCUCCAUUCAGUCGGUUGGAGAAGCUAUACGGGAACCUGGUGCGGCUGAUUGGAGACAGGAAGGUUGCGGUCUGCAGGGAGAUGGCGGUGGUCCUGCUGGCCAACCUGGCCCAGGGUGAUAAUGUGGCAGCCCGAGCAAUCGCUGUCCAGAAAGGAAGUGUGGGCAACUUGCUGGGCUUCUUGGAGGAUAGUCUUGCUGCCACACAGCUUCAGCAGAGCCAGAGCUCUCUACUACACCUACAGGGGAUGCACUUCGAGCCCACAAGCCCAGACAUGAUGCGGCGAGCUGCCCGGGCUCUGCAUGCCUUAGCCAAGGUGGAGGACAACCACUCGGAGUUCACACUACAAGAGUCCCGACUCCUUGACCUUUCAGUGUCUCCUCUAAUGAACUCGCUGGUUUCUCAUGUUAUCUGUGAUGUACUUUUUUUGAUUGGCCAGUCAUGACAGCUGUAGGGAGCCGUGGCUCCACAUUUUGGGGGGGUUUUAUCCCCAUUCCCCUCUUCCCUGGAAACCUGGCUUGUGUGUAACAGGGCAAGAAAAGUUCAAGUGACUGUCUUUAAUUUAUGAAAAUCCAUCUGACUCCAUUCUCUGAGCCCUCCCCAGGCCGUCCUUGCUCGAGGAGGGUAAUCACAGAGCUGUGGUGGAUUACAAACCAGAGAGAUGCCCGCAUAGUGACACUACUUGUAACAUGAAUGCCAACUGGAUGACACAGAGUAGAGAGCGCCACGUUUGGGAGACUGUUCUGCACUUGGGGGAAAAAGUACUUUUUAAUAAAGAUAAAUAAAUGAAUAAAUAAAUAAAUAGCUGAAAAACAAAAACUGUAACCAAAGUUGCUGUCUCGUUUACAGUGAGUUUGGGAGACACAGUGUGCCCUAGCUCUCCCCUCGAGGGCACAAUGAGUCUGUAACUGGUUGAAGUUCAGAGGUGAAGCAGACUGACAAGUGGCCUACUGGUUAUAGUUGCUGUAGUUGGAUUUUCACCCGUCAGCCCGACAGUAGACUAAGUGCUGUCAAUAGACACCUUCACCGGGGAGGCCUGUGCAGUGUGCAGUAGAUUGUAGGACAUUUUCUGUACCGUACUGCUCUUGAGUGUAAGCAUUCUGUAACACACGUUUCACACAGAAGCAGAAGAUGCAGCUCUUCGAGUUUUGAGGUCAUUUUAGUUUGGUGUUCAACAGAAAAUGGCUUUCUUCCCCAAAGUAUCAAGAACCUACAACACCCUUACCUCCUCUUAUCCCUUGAUUGUAUGAAUACCCUUAUGAAAAGAAAUCACCUCUUAGGACUGGUUUUCAACUUCAAAUACAGCUUUGCUGUGGUGUAUAUAUAAUGUUGUACAUUACACUUCCUUUCUCUGUGUCUGUCUCUGUCUGUGUCACUAUUCUCACACUUGUUAUUGGUGAGGGAUUGAGGCUGACGUGAGUUUGGUCCCCACUGAUUAGACCCACACCUCUGGUCUCCACAGCUCCGUAGUACGACAGACACGGCUUAAAACUUUUAUCUCCUGGUACAACAAAAAUAAACUAGAUGAAGUACACAUUUGACAAUUUUUCUUCAGUCAUGGAUUCUGCAUAUUUGUAUUUCAGACUAUGUAGCUAAGACAACAUGUAAAUUCCUCCCUUUUCCGUUUUUUGGCUCAAUGAAUAUCAUUUAUUCAGUAUGAAAUCUUUAUACUAUAUGUUCCACGUGGUAAGAAUAAAUGUACAUUAAAUCUUC